AUGGUUCGCACCGUGCACGCCCCCAUUUAUGUUCGCUCCAGCUCAGGAUCAAAAAAGGUAAAAGUGGGGGAACAAGAGUUGGUUCAUGUCGACGAUUUUCUAAGAGGGGUCUAUGGCGCAGUAGAGGUGCGUGUGCACCAAACAGAGGUGAAAAAUGAUGAUGACGAAGAGGAAGUUUUUUGCAGGACGUGCCGGGAACAGAUAUUGGGUCCCGCUUUAAAAUGCUCGGGUAGAAACAUCUUCUUUCAUCCACCAUGCCUCAAUCUACCCACCAAUGGCAAAGCCCUUAUUUUUCACCUCACCGAGCCGCACGAUCGCUUGCUCUUCCAAGAAAACAUAGAAAAUGAUGGCGAGAAGGGCAUUGUUUGCUCCGGAUGCGAGAAGCGAGUAAAGGGUCGCGGAUUCAAGUGCCCCACCGCCAAUUGCGACUUGCUCUUGCAUGAAUCAUGCGUUGAGCCGCCUACCACGAUACAAGACCACCCCUUCCACCCAAACCACACCCUUGUCGGUGAGAUGCCAAAGAAAAAAUAUUGCAAUGCUUGUGGUACAUGCUGCAAUACAUACUUCUUCUACAGUUGCAGUGAGUGUGAUUUCAAUCUUGAUUUCACAUGCGCUAUUUGCUCACAGAUUAAGAAUGCUGACAAAUGCCAACACAAAUUCAUCUCCUUCUUGAAGCAGAUUGAGUUCACUUGCGAAGCUUGUGGUGAGAAAGGCAAGGAGUUAGCCACACAAUGUAGAAUCUGUCACUUCUUAAUUCAUGGAAAAUGUGCUCGAUUUUUACGAACUAUUUGGAUUGCAAGACAUCAUCACUCCCUCGCUUUCACCUGUUCUCUUCGUGAUCAAGUCGAAGGGACCUCGAACGGCAACAUAUUAUGUAAUCUUUGCUGGCGAAAGGUGAAGACAGAGUAUGCAACAUAUUAUUGUAAGGAAUGCAAUUAUGUGGCCCACUUGGAAUGUGCAUUUCAAGAUGAUGUAACUGCAGAUCUCAAAUUGCUGCCUGAGGAACCCGUUGAUUUAGGAAGUGAUUCUACAGAGGUUGAAGUAGCUGAGCAGAUGCAAAAUUUUGGCCAUCCACACCAGUUAAUUCUUAGCAAUGAGGAGCUUACGGAUGAGAAGCUUUGUGAUGGUUGUAUGGGAUUCAUCUCCACCCCGUUUUUCAAUUGUCCACAAUGCAACUUCUUUCUUCACAACAGAUGUGUUCAACUACCAAAAAAGAAGCGACACCUUCUUCACCCACAUUUGCUCACUUGCUUCUCAUCGUCAACUUUCUCUGGUGAAUUGUUCUCUUGUGAUGCUUGUGAACGUGUCAGCAAUGGCUUCUCCUAUAGAUGUGACACAUGUGAUUUCGACAUCGACCUUCAAUGUUUUUCAAUUUCAGAAACCUUGAAGCAUGAUUGUCACCCACACUCUCUCUCCCUUGCUGUUAAUUCUAAUAGAAGCUGCCAUGUUUGUAAUUGCACUUCUCGCAAGGAACGUGGGGUAUUUGUAUGCAAGAGUGGUUGCGAUUUCACCUUGGGUUUGGAAUGUGCAACUCUUCCGCUCGAAGCUAGGCACAUAUAUGAUGAUCAUCCCCUCAAGCUCACCUACAAUGCUGAAGUUCAUUGUGAAUACUAUUGUCUAAUUUGCGAAAACGAAAGAGAUCCAAAUUGUUGGUUCUAUUAUUGUGAAAAAUGUGAUUUUCCUGCUCAUCUCCAAUGUGUUUUGGGAAAAUAUCCAUACGUUAAAUUUGGAAAUACGUGCACGUCUCAAGAUGCUCAUGAGCACCCUCUCACUUUUGUCCCAAAGACAGAGUCCUCUCCUCCAUGUGAUGGUUGUGGUGAGAAUUUUGAUGGCAUGGCCUUAGAAUGCACUAAAUGCAAAUUCAAUGUCCACUACUUAAGUUCAUGCCUCAAAAAUAUAAAUUACGAAAUCAUGCACGCUAGAGAGAUGGUUGGAGAAAGCCAAGCAGCAUAG